UCACCUGCAGUAAAAAUGCAUUUGCGUUUCUGACUAUUUCUCUGUGAAUAGAGAACUAUAUUGUUAUUAGUUUGGAUUACAAAUGGUAGUUGGCAUGAUCAUUGGACAUAAUUAGAAUAUAUGCAUUUCUAACUUGGAACUGGGAUACGGUUUGAUCAUUCCCAGGCUGUCCCCUUCAUCACAGUUAAUUUAGAUGUAAAAAAAAAACUGGAAAUAAUCAACACCAAAAUAGCUGCUGAGUACCAUUAACAGCAGUCCCAGUAGGCCUACAACCAGCAGUCUUUGUUGUUAUGUCGCACAGUUUUAGAACCACGGUGACCUAGUGGAUGUGCUGCUGAAUUUAGCCCUGUUUCAGACCAUGGAGAAAAAUCCCUCCCAAGGAAUGAUGCUUCCCAUUUUUUACAUAAAUCAACGUCAACAUGCACCAGUUUUCGUUUUGCUCUCCUUCAUAACCACUAUCCCUCAGGACGUAUCCUGCAAUGUUCGCGCUGUGAUUCCUCGUGUUGUUCAAAGCGCCGCCAUGCAGUUUCAGUUCUAGCUCUGAUGUUUCUACUUUGUGCUUUCCUCAUAUAGUGACAUGGGAUUAUCUGUGUGGGUGGGGUCAAAGAGAUUAACAUUGGGAUUGGGAUUAACAUUGUACUCUCCACUCUCGUACGCCCGCAAUCACACUCGUGCAAGUGGACGUACACAGGGGCUGAGACAAUUCAGGCCGAAUUGGAUGACUUCUUCGUUUUUUAAGCAUUAUCAACCCAACCCCCCACCUUUAUAGACACAAACCCUGAGCUCGAGGCUUAAAGCCGCACCGACAUCUCCACGGUGUCCGAGAGCGAGCCAGGCACAGGAACGGUGGCACCCUCCUCUUCAGCUUCUCAUGCUGUAUUUUGCCAUUUGAAUGCUAGAAACUCUGUAAGCAACAAUCUGUGAAUGGAGUGAAAGAGACAAGAUCCUAGAGGACGCUGGUUAAGUAAGAUGGAGGCAGAACAGGGCUACCUGACGGGGGCCAGAGGAGCACGGAGGACCGAAAGGGUAUGUACACGAGAAGAGAAGAAGAGGAGGAAGACGACGGGGCUGGCUGAGGACAGUGCCAGCGGUCAGACGAAAUAUCCUUGCUUCUCAUCAGCAUCCAGCAGCUCAUAUGACGACCGCAGCUCGGCAGCCAGCGGCCUGGACGUGGCCGACCGGCUCACCUACCUGGAGCAGAGGAUGCAGAUGCAGGAGGAUGAGAUCCAGCUGCUGAAGUUGGCGCUGGCAGACGUCCUCAAGAGGCUGAACAUUUCUGAAGAGCACCAGGCAGGGUCUGCAGCGGCUGCAGGAAGGAGGACACCAGGCGGCAAAGCCAGGCCAGUCUCCCUGGCUCUGCCCCCCAGGACCCCCAUGGCGACCCUCAGUGCGCCUUCCCUGAAAAAGAGCUCAACAGUGCCCUCCAGCGUCACGGCCAGGAAUUACAGCCCAACGCCAACUCUGAGCGGCGCGAAGAGCCCACCAGGCAGUGUGAAGGACAGUCCGUGCAAGACCGCCAAAACACGACCCCCGUCUGUAGCCUCAGUCUGCAAGAAAAUCCCAGAAGGAAGCAACAAGUCCAGCGAGGCUGCUGUGAGCGCAGGUGCAGGAACACGGCGUGUGACACACUGCAAAGUGACUAUGCAGAUCUAUCUGAGCCCCCUCGCAAGAAAGACUGGGUCUUCUGAGGAGGCCAAGUCUGCGUCUGCGGUGCCCGCCUACGACGGACCCGUGGCCGGCCCCGGGCCCCCGCCGACCAAGAGGGCCAGCCAGCCGCGGAUGAAGAAGUCGGCCCCGUCCUUCACCUUGAACCUCCAGAAAACCGUGACCAGUCAGAGCUCGGCGCAUGAAACCUCCAGCUACAUCAGUCCAGUCAAGUCACCCAGCCAGUACUUUCAGAUCUGUUACUGACACGGACGGACGUUCCUGAAGAUCUCAGUUUUCAAAAAGGGAAAUCUUUUU